AUGUUGGUUAGUACCUACCUAGUGACCCCUGCCGCCUACUCCAUCACAAAUCCUUUUCUCCAAGGCGAUGGUAUUCUUCCCCAAUGCGGACGAUGCACUCGCACGGGGCGAACAUGCGUACGAGGUAAAAAAGAGACUCAAUUCAGGCAGGUCAAGGGACAAGGGCCAAGAACGAGAUUCCCACGCAACCAGGUGUGGCUCCGACCGCCGCCGCGAGUGGAUUUCGUCUUGGAAUCAGGCAAUGGGGAACCAGACGAUGAAACCCAGCCAUCAAUUGAUACCGAGCGAGUCACCGAUGCAGAGCUAAGCCAGACGGACAACAGGCCGUCCCCGAGCAGCCAGAGCCAUCUCUCCCAGCCAGCCCGACCAGGAGAGGAAUCACGACUGCACACAGACCAGACCAGUCGAGAUGAAAAGCUUCAUCACCCGCCUUUCUAUCCAAGCGGUGUGCGCCGUGAAUUGCGACCGGGUCGACGGUCCUGGCCUUUGAGAGACCCGGAAGAGGCCUACCUAUUGAAACAUUUUGUGGAUCGCAUCGCCUCCUUUUUUGACUGCACGGAUCGACAGCAGCAUUUCGCAGUACACAUCCCUCACCGGGCACGAUAUUGCGACACGUUAUUCAACGCCCUCAUGGCCCUAUCGGCUCGUCACUUGAGUUGUACUACGACUUUUGAUCCCUAUGUAUCAGAUCAAUACUACCAGGCCUGUUUAGAAACGCUUAUUCCUGCCUUGAGCAACCACGCCGUCACGAUGGAUGACGACCUACUGGCCGCGACUGUGAUUCUUCGCCUGCUGGAAGAAUUCGAUGUCCCACUGGCAGGAUCGGAUCUUCGUGGCCAUUCCUUCGGGACUAAAGCAUUUAUUCAGGGUCCGCCGCCCUCCACGACGACAACGCCUAGUCUACGACAGGCGGUUUAUUGGAGUGGACUUCGACAAGAGAUCUACAAUGCCCUGAGUCUACAGCAAGCACCGGAUAUCGACUUGAGCUCCCUGCACUCCCUGUUCACGGCUCUGGGCCCCAAUGCUGGCGAUUGCGCGUGGGCAAACCAGGCGAUUGCACAUUGCGCUGAUGUUCUUCUAUUUUCGUUUGGGGAGGGGCCUCGCUCGGUGGCGGUGCAUGAAAGCUUGUUGAAGAAGACUGACCGGUGGAGUGAGACGAGACCGGCUUCUUUUGACCCCUAUUUUGUGGGCGAUGAGGUGGAGAUUGGUGCGAACUUUCCGGAUAUUCGUUUCAGUUGUCCCUGGCAUGCGAUUGGCAAUCAAUAUAACGAGCUGGCCCGGAUUUUGCUUUCGGUGCAUAACCCUGGGCAUCCUACAGUGGGACCCUUGCGACGACGGUUUGUUCAGGAAGCUGAUUACCAGAUCCGCAAGGGGGUCUGGACCGUCUGUGGUGUGGCGUUGGCUAAUGACGCCGUGCCUCCAGCGAUGGUAGUGGGGUGUAUGGCAAUCCAUCUAUGUGGCGAUCGAUUCACGGAUCGGCAGGAACAAGAAAGGCUGAUCCAAAUCCUGAUCCGCACCGACUCAUCGCACGGAUGGCCAACCCAUGCGUUGCAGCGCCAAUUGCGGGAGACCUGGGGAAUGUCUUGA